AUGAAAUGGGUGUAGGUUAGAGUACGCUUGGUUGAUUCAUUCUGGACUUUGACCCUGCAGCCUUCUCUCGCUUUAACACCUCAAGAGAAGAAACUCGGACACACACAGCAGCAUUACAGAAUGAUUAAAACGAAGUACGAACACCUCGGUGACUUCAGGGCGUUGGUCGUCAUGCAACACUCUCUGGUCCUCUUUAUUUUGACAUGUUCUUGUGGAGGUCAUUCUCAGGGGAUUGGUUCGUCUCAGCCAAUAGUGGCAAUAGUUGGUGAUGAUGUAAUUUUGCCUUGUCAACUUGAGCCUGCUGUGGAUGCUCGUGAAAUGACAGUGGAGUGGGCAAGACCUGACCUGGACCCCAAGUAUGUCUUCUUGAGGCGAGACGGCACAGAGCUUCAACAGGACAAACAUCCGAUGUACAAGGGGAGAACAUCACUGUCUGAAGAUAAACUGAGGUGGGGAGACAUUUCACUGAAACUCACCGAGGUGAAACUCUCUGAUUCAGGAGCAUACAGAUGCAUUGUUCCUGCAACCAAAAAAGAAUAUGUUAUUAAGCUGACUGCAGGUUCUGUAUCUUUACCGACCGUGAGCAUUUCCAAAGCCAGCAGUGGAGUGGUUCUUCAGUGUAAAUCUGAAGGCUGGUAUCCAGAGCCUGAGGUGUUGUGGCUGGACGGUGAGGGAAACCUCCUCUCUGCUGGAUCGACAAAGAUCAUCCGAGGUCCCAAUGAUCUCUAUACUGUCAGCAGCAGAGUGACUGUGGAGAGGAGACACAACAACAUGUUCACCUGUAGAGUCACACAGAACAACAUCAACCAGACCAGAGAGGCACUCAUACAUGUUUCAGAUGAGCUCUUCAUGGUCCAGUCUAGUUCUAUUAUCCGCAUCACCAUCUGUGUCAUUGUGUGCUUCGUGUCGAUCGUUGCAGUUGUUCUUGUUGUGAGGAAAUUUGGACAAAACAAGAAAAGCAAGAAGCACCAUGAGGGUAAGACUGACCUGGGAGAAAGAAAAAUGUUCAGACAUGACAUUGAACAUCAGCUUCUGUUGGAGAAAGCAGGAGACGUAGAUCAACCCAUGACUGGAAAUGAGAAGAUGAAGUUAUUAGAUAAUAUAAAGGCUAAACAAGAUGAGAAGUUAGAGAAGAAAGAGAAAGAACUGAAACAUGUUCAACAGGUGAUUACAGCACUGACGGAGCAGAAGAAGGAGCUGAAGAUACAAAGAAAUCAAAUCAUCUCACUACAGCAGGAAGACAUGGUACAGAUAGAGAAGAACCAGAAGAAGCUGGAUGACACUAAAGCUUUACAAAGAGACAAAAAGAAGAAACGUGAAAAGACUAAAGAGUAUCUGGAGAAGAGAAAGACAGUACAUGAUGAACUGUUAAAGAACACAGAGACACAACUGGAGUCAACAGAUGCUUUGUUUAACACAAUGACUGAGAGGAAAGGGAAACUAGAGAACGAUAAGGAACAAAUCAAAAAGUACCUCAAAGAAACAGAGAGGAAGAGAGAAGAGGUUCAGAAACAGAUUCAGAGAGAAGGGGUUCAGAGAGAAGAGAUUCAGAGAGAAGAGGAGGAAAAUAAAGAUCUCUGAACUGAACAAUCAUUCCUCUGCUAACAUCCUCCUGUUUGAGUAAAACAGUGUGGACAUACGACAACACUCCGUUGCGUCAUGUAAAUGCUUCCUUGAUUGAAAUUUAUUUUUUGACGUUAUUGUUUUUCAUAAUGUUGCCUGUAUCUACUUACUUUAAAACUUCUAUUAAAAGCUCAGGCUUUUAUUUCCUUUCAGUCUAUGAAAUGAACCUGCGUUUCUUUGGGACAGACAUCAAUCAGAGACGAGCUCGUGCACAGCAGCAAUGAUGCUGAAGACUUUAAAACUGUAAAUUUACACCAGAAAGAAUGUUUAACUGUUAAUCAUUACAUUUACAUUUAUAUCUAUUUUCAAGUGUGUAUAGAAGAAUCGUUUAUCAUGUAACCUUGAACACACACAGAAGACAAACAAAGACAGAUAACUUAAAAGUUUUAAGAAGCUGUUAGCUUUCUACUAAAUUAAUGAAAAUGUUUGAUUGGCUUGAUGCAUUUACUUUUGUUUUGUGUUUUAUUUUGUCUGCAGUGUUUUGUCGAUUUUUGUAAAAUUGUGUUCUGGGAUAUUGUCAUAUUCCAAUGUGUCAUACAUAUUUCAAGGCUGAAUGAAAAAUAUUUCACAAGUUCACUGAAACCUGUUCUAAAAUAACAAUAAAAGGCAAUAAAAAUGAAAUGGGUGUA